GCCCGGCGCGGGGCCCGCCUGGAGCCAGGGGCUGAGCGCAGGGGCGCGGAGCUGACCCGCUGGGCCGGGGUCGCUGGCACCCACCCCGAAUAAGAAGGGGAGCCGGAGCAGUCCGGUCAGCUCCAGCCUCCCGGGCUCUUAGCCUCCCUGCCAGAGUCCGGCUCGGACCUGAAACUUUUGUCAUGCAACCCUGGAGCUUGUGCCGAGCGAAAGAAAAAGGGCAGAUCAUACUAUGAAAAGACUGAAUCCAAAAUGGGAGGUCAGCUGAACCUACAGAAAUUAGGAUGGUCUCUUUAACACUUUCACUGCCAUAAAGAUUAAAGUCAUCUAUGUGAGCCCAAAGUAUAAGAUGUUCCUGGCCUAGUGACCAGUUAGCUUAAUAUCUGAGGAUGCCGCUGCAAAAGAUUCAUUUAUCUGCUUAAGAGCCUUCAAAGCAGAAGCCAGUUCCAGCCAGCCAUGGGAGAAAAUGCAAGCAUAUGGUGGAACUUGCUAGGUGAACAUCCACUCUGCACGGCCUGGAAGCAAGAAGCAGAAGGGUCCAUUUAUCACCUUGCUAGUAUCUUAUUCAUAGUCGGUUUCAUGGGAGGGAGUGGAUUCUUCGGGCUCCUCUAUGUAUUCAGUCUGCUUGGAUUGGGCUUCCUCUGCUCUUCAGUCUGGGCCUGGAUAGAUGUCUGCGCUGCUGAUAUUUUCUCCUGGAACUUUGUCCUUUUCAUCAUCUGCUUCAUGCAGUUCGUUCACGUGGCCUACCAAGUUCGAAGUGUCACCUUUGACAAAGAAUUCCAGGAGCUCUACAACUCUCUGUUCCAGCCCCUGGGGAUCACGUUGCCCAUCUUCAGGAAGAUUGUUUUGAGUUGCCAAGUGGUCUCGUUGGAAAAGGAGCAUUGUUAUGCCAUGCAGGGCAAAACACCCAUUGAUAAACUCUCUUUACUUGUGUCGGGAAGGAUCAGAGUGACGGUGGACGGAGAGUUUCUGCAUUACAUUUUCCCCCUUCAAUUCCUGGAUUCUCCAGAAUGGGAUUCACUUAGACCCACAGAGGAGGGCAUUUUUCAGGUAACCCUUACAGCAGAGACAGACUGUCGGUAUGUGGCUUGGAGGAGAAAGAAACUGUAUUUGCUCUUUGCUCAGCAUCGUUUCAUCUCCCGCCUGUUUUCCGUUUUAAUUGGCAGUGAUAUUGCUGACAAACUCUAUGCCUUGAAUGACAGGUGCACUUGGUCCAGAGGUCUGGGAAUUUUUACAAUGAAUCAUAUAGAUCCCACUUCACUGAAUGAAUUAACAACAAGAAGUCUUACAUCUGAAUUUGAAAACCUCAUGCCUGUGCCCUCCAAUGAAACCACUUGUGAAAAUUGGCAGGAGAUACAUCAUCUGGUUUUCCACGUAGCAAAUAUCUGUUUUGCAGCUGCGUUGGUUAUUCCAACUACUUUGACUCUUCAUAUGAUAUUUCUUAGGGGGUUGUUAACUAUAGGAUGUGCCCUUUUUAUUGUCUGGGCUACACUCUACCGGUGUGCCUUGGAUAUAAUGAUCUGGAAUUGUGCGUUCCUGAUUAUCAACCUGAUGCAUUUUCUAUACCUGUUGUACAAAAAGAGACCGAUAAAGAUCGAAAAGGAACUCACUGGUGUAUACCGGCGAAUGUUUGAGCCACUGCAUGUACCCCCAGAAUUGUUCAAAAGAUUAACUGGACAGUUUUGCAGUAUUCAGACCCUUAAAAAGGGUCAGACCUAUGCUGCAGAGGAUAAAACAUCUGUGGAUGACCGUCUGAGUAUCUUACUGAAAGGAAAAAUGAAGGUCUCCUAUCGAGGACAUUUUCUGCAUAAUAUUUACCCCUGUGCCUUUAUAGAUUCCCCUGAAUUUCGAUCAACUCAGAUGAACCGGGGUGAAAAAUUUCAGGUCACCAUUGUUGCAGAUGAUACCUGUAGAUUCUUGUGCUGGUCAAGAGAGAGGUUAACUUUUUUUCUGGAGUCAGAACCAUUCCUUUAUGAAAUAUUUAGAUACCUUAUUGGGAAAGAUAUCACAAAUAAGCUAUAUUCCCUGAAUGAUCCCACAUUAAAUGAUAAGAAUUCCAAAAGGUUGGAACGCAAGCCUAGUCUUUGCUCACAGAUUUCAGUGAUGCAAAUGAGAAACAGUAUGGCUAGUUCAAGUGACAGUGAAGAUGGCUUACAGCAUUUCCUCCGGGGGACCUCCACUGCAUCGUCUAUUCGCAUGCCUUCCCCAUAUAUGAGAGCCUCUGAAAAAAUGAAGCCCAUUGAAGAAGCUGUUGAAGAUGAUGUCUUUGAGCCAGAAUCUCCAGUUAGAGCUAAAGUUCGUGGAUUGUACCCAAGCAUACAAAGGGUUGAAGAGUAAGGAGACUGUAGCUCUGGUCAAUUAACCUAGUCACCUUGAAGAGAUCCUGAAAGCUACCAGCUCUUGUCUUUCUUUUUUUGAAAAAUUCAUUUCAAACAGUCCUCCCACAAUAAAUUCAGAUUGUUGAAAUUUGGUGGCCAGUGAUGACAAUAAGGUGUUUUUUAAACUGUUUUUUUUUCUUUUUUACUGGUCAGCUUUUUAAUGGUUCAUUUUACUAUGUGUCUUGAUUGAGCAAAGUUCUAAUUUGACCUACAAAUGUUCAUGUUUUAUAGACAUUUUAUAAGUCAAUAUUCUUGUUAUUGAUUGAUGUAGAACUUCCCAUCAUUUAUUUUAAUAGCUUAUAUUCCUGUAGUGUUUUGUGGUUAUGACAGCCUUACCAUAUAUUACUUCAUCUGAGUCGCACAACAUCUCUGUGAGGUAGAUAGUGCAAAUACACAUUACUUUCUCUAUUUUACAAAGGAAGAAACUGAGGGUCAGAGAAGUUAUAGGACUUGUUGAAAGUCUAGUAAUUGGUAGAGUCUAAAUUUGAACUCAGGUCUUCUGACUCCUGUAAUACUCUUUCUAAUCUAUUUUGUGAAACAGCCACAAUUAGCAAGGAACAAACAGGGCUUUGCCCCAGGGCACUAAAUUGGAGUGGGGGGGGUCUACUUUCCCCACCCCCAAAGUGACCAGCAUCCACACUUUUUGCUUCAUGUUCCUUUGCCAGGAUGUGUCAUCAUGUGUCCUAUUGCUUCAACUCCAGUUCAAGGUUUUUGUUGUUGUUUUAUCAUAAACAAUAAUCAAUUCGCCAUCAUGAAGCACAGCUUUUGAGGUAACAGUCCUUUUAACUUACUCAAAAGACAAUUUCAAUCAUAUUAAAUGGUUGUAAAACUCAUUUUAAGUGGCAGUGAAAAGCAGGCAAACUUAUUUGGGUUGUCUAUGUGGGGCAACUAUAUUUCUUGUUUUCUUGAACAGAAUUGACUGGUAAUUUCAGAGAAAUGAUUAGUUUGACUGUUGUGGGUUACUCCCCCUCCUCCUGCUCCCUGUCCAAGUCGUUCCUAGAAUAACUUAGUUUCCAUUUUUAUUUUUAAUUUUUAAAAACUUUUUUUUUAUUUUUAGUGAGGCAAUUGGGUUUAAGUGACUUGCCCAGGGUCACACAGCUAGUAAGUGUUAAGUGUCUGAGGCCGGAUUUGAACUCAGGUACUCCUGACUCCAGGGCCAGGGCUCUAUCCUCUGCGCCACCUAGCUGCCCCCGUUUCCAUUUUUAAAUGAACCACUUUGGCAGCCUGAUAAGAACAAAGCUCAUUACAUUCACCAUUAUGAUAUAGUUAGCAUUAUCAUUAUAAAAUGGAUGCCAAUCCCAGAGUAAAGUAAUGUUGAAUCAUUUUUCAGUCAUUAGUCUCUAUCUGCUCUCUUUUGGCUUUUCAUAUAGUUUUUCUCUUCUGCCCACCCCCAUCCCACCCCAGGUCUGGUAUCAUUAUGAUUUUUCAACCUGAGGUAGGGUAGCUGAAAAAGCACAGGGAGCCAUUGCUGAUAGGAAUGAGGGGUUGUUGCCACAGGGAUGAUAGACCACCAGGAUUGCCUUCAUUGUAUUCUAUUUUCAGAAUUCUUAUCCUAGGCCUCCCUAGCUAUGCCUUUCUUUAAUACAUUGGCCAUGUAUCCAAAAUUUGAGCACCCAAGCUUGAUCUCAGGCAGAAUAAACAAACUAGUAAUAAAAGAACAUUUUAGAUGCAUAGCCAUGGCAAUGCAAAAAUUCAAUGAGGACUUCAGAGAAUGUGAUUUUGAAUUAAAUGUUCAUCUCUCAACUGGAAUUGUGACUGUGCAAAUAGGGGUAUUCAAGUGACGGGGGCACAGUGUGACUUGGGUCUGAUUGGAUGAUGGGCUAGUAGCCGUCAGGGUGCUUUGAGCAGACCAACCAUGAUGAGCCAUACAAACUGGUUAUAUCCCAUGACCAUUUUUUUCCUUCUGUUUUGUUUUUGUUUUGUAGGCAAUGGGGGUUAAGUGACUUGCCCAGGGUCACACAGCCAGCAAGUGUCAAGUGUCUGAGGCCAGAUUUGAACUCAGGUACUCCUGAAUCCAGGGCCAGUGCCUUAACCACUGCGCCAUCUAGCUGUCCCCCUUGACCAUUUUUUAAAAAAAAUCUAUUUCACAUACAUAGAUACAGACUAAAGUAGUCCUUUAUCACAUACAUACACACGUGCAUGUGUAUAUAUGUGUGUGUGUCUGUGUGUAUAAAUAUACAUGCAUAUCUAUAUACAUAUAUGGGGAGUAUAUAGAUAAACUCAUCUCAUCUAACCUAAACUCCCAAAUCAAUUACUUUAGUAAUUUAAUUUUGAACAAAUUUCCCUCUGGUUUACUUAUCGAAGAUGUUGCACAAGAUGUCAAUCUGUUUGCAUAGACACCAAGAAAAUUAUACAUUUUAAAUAUGUGUUUUGGAAAAAGGGGUAUUAUCAAAAAGGCAAUCCAGUUGAUGAAUGGUUUUCCAUUUUCAUAAAACGGAUAGAAAAGUUUGGGUUUAUUUUUCUUCAAGUGCAUGCUAUGUCAUAAUUCUUAUAUUUAUUAUCUAAGCUUUACCAUAAAUAAUUGCUUCAGAAUGUGUUCACUUAAGACAUAUGUAUAUUAUUGUUCCUUUGUUAUUAAUGUCACUCAUCCCUAACACAUACAAUAUAAUCUUCUCUUAUAAUAAUGAAAUACAGUUAAAAUCUACAAAAACCAGAGCAUCAAUUGACACAAUUUAAAAAAUAAUUUUAUUUAGAAAUAAAAAUUUUCAUCCAACAUCUAUUUUCUUUGCCUUAUAGAUUUUUGAAUGCAUUAUGUCAAUCAUUACAGUAUGGUCAUUCAAGGUAUUCUUAAAUUCAGGCCCUUCUUUAAGCAAUACAAAAUAAGUCCUUUGACCCUUUGUGACAAAAUAUUCUUCCUUCCCUACCUGUAUGUAGUGCAUCACUUUUGCCCAUUUUUUACUGGGGGAAAGGGAGAGGAGGGGAAGGAAACCAGGCAGCUUCUAGAGAGGAAAAUCCCUUUACUAAAGCAGAUAGGCAAAAAGCUUUCAACUUCUUAUCCUGAGUAGUUGCCUGAGGACCCCAGGGGACCAAAUGACUUAGCCAAGGUCCUAGAACCUGUGUAAGAGGCACCAUAGGUGCUACUUAAACCUAUGUCAGUCUUCUUGCCACUGAGGACUACUAUUUCUCUACCAGGCUGCCUCUUCUGUGAAUAUGUUUUUAAAGAACUUCGGGUAUUUCUCCAAAUAUCAGAAAAACAACAGCUUCCCCUUCACUUCACCAAUGAAGUGUGAAUUUUAGACAAUGCACCCGUUAUUCUUUUCGUUCUUAAAAUAUGAAAAUCAUAGACUAAAAGGCUUAAUUUCACUUUGUAUAUCUUUAGCCCUUCUUUUUUUUUAAUCAGAAAUUAUUUUUGCAAACUGAGGUACCUAGAUCGGAGUAUGUUUUUUUUGAAAUUUGAGUAGUUUGGUGGAUAAUUGAGAACAUUUGCAUCCUUAUGUUAAGAUAGAUUUUAAGAUGAUUUUCCUUUAAGUGCUGGAAAAAGACAUGCUAGCUCUAAGUUUCAUAAGACUAAUUGACAAAAAUCACUCCACAGAAUGCCACAUAAACCAAUUUGACAUAAUGGUCCCUGAUAUGCAAAUCAUUUUAGAUUAGAAGUAACCAGAUGAGAGUUGGGCACUGAAUACUGAUGGUCAAGCCUUUACAUGGGGUUUUUUAAUCUAGAGGAGCUUGAAAUCAAUCUCUCUCCUUCCUUUCAAGCAGGAUUCACUUCUGCUCUCCCAGACAGAUGAGUGGGUAAUUACUUAAAAUUGACUUGGAUAAGGGUUGUUUUUUCUUUUCCUCUUCCACUCUGGGAGUAAAUCUUUAAAGAAGCAAACUGCUGAGAUGGAUAGAUCUUAGAGCAUUGGCUGGUUUUCUUUUGAGGUUGGAGGUUGGGGUUUUUUUGUUACCAUUGUUAAUAGAUAAUAUGUCCAUAAAGAAUGAUGUAUUAAGAUUUGAAAUGUUUUAAAAAGUUCUGAACCUGAAGAGGAAAGAGCAGUAACCUGCUAGGGAAGGAAAUGACAUGGAGGAAAGUGGGGGAGAGGGAGAGGAUAGGCAUUAAUUCUCUCAUGCAUUGGCUGAAAAACAGAUACAACAUACAACAGAACAGAUACAGAUAAUGAAAAGGGUGGGCUAUUCAGAAAGGGAAGAAACAACUCUUGAAUAUAUAAUUAUUUUCUUGAAGGCCUUCGGAAAUUAAUUGUGUCACUUUACUAUACAAAUAUGUAUAUAAAACAUAUCUACUAACAUAAAAUAUGUGCUAUGUUUUUGUAAUCACUGGGGAAUUGUUUUUAGUUGUUUAAUGGAGGUCAAAUAAUCUGCUUGAAAAUAUUGUUAAUAAAAACAGAAAGUUCUAGAAGGUGGGGAUUGUUUUCUUUUAUCUUUGUAUCCCCAUUCUCUACCACAAUGUCUAGCACAUAGUAAGUAUCACCCCGAAUGCCUUGUGUUUUGAGUAUAAAACUAAGUGAAUCAUGGUAAUACCCUUUGAGAUCUGUUUCUUGUAAAGGUUUGAAAAAUCCAUCCACAUAGGUACUCAGAGUAUGGAAGGUUGUAGAUUUCAAUCUUCAAGAAAAAAAUAUCAACAAAUUUUUUAAAAAGUUUUUAAACUAGGGUCCCUAAAUUAUUUUGGUUUUUUUAUUUUUUUGUGGGGCAAUGAGGGUUAAGUGACUUGCCCAGGGUCA